GAUUUGCUCUCACUAAUGGAGGAUUUGAGGUGUAAAGUUGUUGGGAUGAGAGAAGAAAAUAUGAGGUUGAAAACCCUACUGCAGAAGAUCGAGGUGGAUUACAAGGAUCUGCAAAGGAAAGUGAGUGAUUUUCAGCAAAAUUUUAAGAAAAAUGGGACUGAUUUGGAUCCAAAAAUUGGAGAUGAAGGAGAUCAAGAGCUGGUGUCUCUUCGACUUGGGACAAGUGAUCAUUCCACGGAGCGAAACGAUGUCGUUAAGAUGGGAUCGGAGGGGGAGGCGGUGGCGGUGGCGGCGAGAAAUGGGGAUGGUGAGAUUUCUCAUACGAGUGGGAAGAGAACAAGGGUUUGUGUAAGAGCAAGAUGCGAUACGCCAACGAUGAAUGAUGGGUGUCAAUGGAGAAAAUAUGGGCAGAAAAUAGCCAAGGGGAAUCCGUGUCCGCGGGCUUAUUAUCGUUGCACCAUCUCUCCAACGUGUCCCGUUAGAAAACAGGUGCAAAGAUUUAUAGAAGACACAUCAAUCUUGAUCACAACCUACGAAGGCACCCACAACCACCCCCUCCCCCUCUCCGCCACCGCGAUGGCAUCCACCACCUCUGCGGCCGCCUCCAUGCUCCUCUCAGGCUCCUCCGCCUCUCAGCCGUCAGCAUCUUUCAAUCUGUACGGACAGCCUCAGCCCUACCUCAUCUCCAACUCCUCAUCAAACACCUCUCCCACCAUAACCCUAGACCUCAUCACCAAUCCAUCAACCUCAAACACUCCUUUCAACCUAUAUCCCUCCGCCUCUCCGGCCAACCCUAGAUUCCCCACCACAAACCUAAGCUUCUCGACCGUCGAUUCCAACACCCUUCCCGCCUCUUGGGGCGGUGGCUACCAUCCUUUGCUGCAACAAAAAAUGUUUGAGCCGCCCUACUUUGGAAACCCUAACCAGGUCCCCUCUCAGCAGGCUCUAACGGAGACGCUGACGAAGGUGAUCUCGUCUGAUCCAAGUUUCCGGUCUACCAUCGCAGGCGUGAUCUCGACCAUGGUGGCCAACGGCGGUGUUGGGAAGAUGGGCGGCGAGAUAAAGGGCGAGAAUUUGGCGGCUGCUGAUUCGAGUACUCUUUCUUGAAAAGGGUUGGUGUUUGAUGUGGAAAAUGAAUGAAUAAAUCGAAGUGCUAGGGUUAAUGUCAAUAUUUGGGAUGAUUUUAGCUUUGUUCAAGAUCAGUGAGCAUGAUGCAUGGGGGUUUUUGAUCAUUUUUUGUUA